AUGAAAACCAUCACCGAAAACGCAGUCCUCACAGAAACGAUUUGCCCCAGUAAGAAUGUGCUCAAGUACGAGGAAAAGGUUUUCGUAAACCGGGGGGAAUCGCUCAUCAAGGUGGACCCGUCUUACUACAUCAAGCAAAAAGUCCUGAACAUCCAAAACCUGAACUACUUGCUAAGCAGCUACUCCGAAUUUUUCGAAAACUACAGAACGCUCUGCAUCCUCUCCGUGUUGAAUAUUUUCAUAGUUCUCUUUCUUCUCCUUCUGUACUUGUUAUUUUCCCUCAUAAUAUUUCUACCGGCCUUUUUUUUGAUAUGCUCCCUGUUCUUCUGUUCGUUUCCCAUGUUCUACCCCUUAAUUAAGGUACCACGCGAGCGCACACGGUGUGCAGGAACGGGAGGAAGCGCGUCGAAACGGGAGGAAGCGCUUCGAAGCGGGACGAAGCGCGGCGAAGCCAAGUGA